AGGCGGAAGUGACCGAGAGGAGCCGGAGGUGGGGAGCGGGAGCCAUGGAGGAGGUUCAGCGGCGGCACCCGCGCCGAUCUCUGAAGAAGCUAAGCGAAGACAGUUUGACCAAACAGCCAGAAGAAGUCUUUGAUGUGUUGGAGAAACUUGGUGAAGGGUCCUACGGCAGUGUGUUCAAAGCUAUUCACAAAGAAUCAGGCCAAGUGGUGGCUAUCAAACAGGUCCCGGUGGAAUCAGACUUGCAGGAGAUUAUCAAAGAGAUCUCUAUUAUGCAGCAAUGUGAUAGUCCUCAUGUGGUUAAGUACUAUGGAAGCUAUUUUAAGAAUACGGACCUGUGGAUAGUCAUGGAAUACUGUGGAGCCGGUUCAGUAUCAGACCUUAUUCGAAUAAGGAAUAAAACGCUAACAGAGGACGAGAUUGCCACAAUCUUACAAUCCACGCUAAAAGGACUGGAAUAUCUGCACUUCAUGAGAAAAAUCCACAGGGAUAUCAAAGCCGGGAACAUCCUGCUCAACAAUGAGGGACAUGCUAAACUGGCAGAUUUUGGAGUUGCGGGUCAGCUUACUGAUACGAUGGCCAAGAGGAACACAGUGAUUGGAACUCCAUUCUGGAUGGCGCCCGAAGUGAUCCAGGAAAUCGGUUACAAUUGCGUGGCAGACAUCUGGUCCUUGGGGAUUUCGGCAAUAGAGAUGGCUGAAGGGAAGCCACCGUACGCGGACAUUCAUCCAAUGAGGGCUAUUUUUAUGAUUCCCACAAACCCACCGCCAACAUUCCGGAAACCAGAGCUCUGGUCAGAUGAAUUUACUGAUUUUGUAAAGCAAUGUUUAGUUAAAAACCCAGAGCAAAGAGCUGCUGCUACCCAACUCCUGCAGCAUCCGUUCAUUAAAAGUGCCAAACCUGUGUCGAUCUUGCGGGACCUGAUCAAUGACAUGAUGGAAAUUAAACUGAAGCGUCAAGAAGAGCAGCAACGAGACUUGGAUCAGGACGAUGAAGAGAACUCGGAAGAAGAGGACAGUGACUCGGGCACCAUGGUGAGAGCGAGUGCAGACGACACGGGGACGAUGAGGGCUGCCAGCACCAUGAGUGACGGCGCACGGACAAUGAUCGAGCAUGACAGCGCUACACUGGAAUCUCAAAUGGGGACCAUGGUGAUCAACAGCGAAGACGAUGAAGCGGAUGGAACAAUGAAAAAGAAAGAGGAGACGUUACAGCAAAGUAAACCAUCCUUCCUGGAGUACUUUGAGCAGAAGGAAAAAGAGAAUCAAGCAAAUAGCCACAGUAACCGUAACGCACAAGCACUUCAGAGCUCUUCUGAUAAAUGGAAGGUGCCACAGGAUGGUGACUUUGAAUUUUUGAAGAGUUGGAGCGUUGAAGAAUUGCAGAGGAGACUCGCCUCGCUGGACCCCACAAUGGAGCAGGAGAUCGAAGAGAUUCGCCAGCGCUAUCAGGCCAAGAGGCAACCCAUCCUGGACGCCAUCGACGCCAAGAAACGACGGCAGCAGAACUUCUGAGACUCUCCCAGGAGUUCCCACCAGUGGGGCGAUGUGUUAUUCCCGCUCAAGGCUCUGUGAAGAAACAUUGUUUCCAAAGCACACAUGUACACACACAUGUACACACACGCACAUUUGUACUCACAGGCACACAUACCAGUGACUCUGGCAUACACAAACAGACACGCACAUACCACAGAUUCUCACACACAACUUUUACUUUGCACACACUAGUGCACACACACAUGUGGAGUCGCAGCAAGUUCCCCUGCAUACAGCCACACAUGACACAGAUUUGCACUCAUUAUCACACACAGCUACACGCACACGCACUCACAUACAAAAAAAGGCAGGAACACACGAACACACAAAGACGCGCGCACACUCACACACACUCACACUCAAACAAACAUAGACUCUCACAUGGACAAACAGCUCUCAUGCCAUGGACUAAUAGGCACGUUGCCCCUCUAACCUCAGGAGUCUCGCUUUUGGUUAAGUGGCUUGUUAAAAGCCACCACCAGGAUGAACAUUGUUUUUAUUUUAUUUUUUAAAAACUAUUUUUCUAAAAUUUUUUUGUCCAGAAGCCAUCGUCACUCUGAGAAACCUUAAGCUAUAUAUUUUAAACAGAUAAGAGGAGCUCCCCAGAUUAACACUUUGCAAUAAAACUACUGUAUAUCAAGGCUUUAGGCCAAAUCCCAGUCUCCACUCCUUCCUACCCAACCACUAAAGCCUGGCUUUGAACAAUGAUGGGACAUCUCCAUCCAAGACAUGAAAUGGAAUAAAACGUAAGGAAUCUCUGAAGGAGAGGUGGGCUUGCAUUCAGAGAAACAUUCUGUUUCUCCCUAGUCUCCUGUCUUGCAGUACUUUGUUUCUUCUUGUCCUCCACAGCCCAAUGAUGUCUGCCAUUGUUAUUGUUUGAACUGAGGUAAAGGCACAACUAACUUUCAUUAAUGUCUGCAUCCCUUAAAUUUGGUUCCUCCAGCUUUUAUUGUCUUGUAAUUUGCUUUAUCCAAGCAUAUUGAGACACGUUUGACAAGUGGAACUUGUUUCAUGACCUCAGGGUGAGCCAGUGGACUUGACAGCCAGUGAAGUGUUUUAGAGAUUGCAGCUUCGGAAGUAAUGUAGUAAACACAGCAGCCAACUUGUUCCCCGCAACAAGCAACCUGCUGAAGGUGAAGGAACUCAGCGGGUCGAGCAGCAUCUCUGGGGGGGGUAAAGGAAUUGUCAACAUUUCGGGUCAAAACCGUGCAUCAGUUCCCAGCCAGCUCCCACAAGCAACUAAUGUCCAGAUAAUCUCUUUUUAGAGAGGUAGAUUGAGAAAUAAGCGUUGACCAUGACACCAGGGGAGAUCUCCUCUGCCCUUCUCUGAAACAAUAUUGACAGGAUCUUUUACCUUCAGCUGACAGAGCAGGUAGGCCCUCAGUUUAAUGUCUCAAUGAAAGGCAGCUCAUCUGAUAAUGUGACACUCUCUUAGCAUUGCACAGGAAGCUUUACCCUAGGUAUUAUACUUGCAUUCUGCAUUGAGACUCGAACUCAUGACCAUCUCACUUAGAAUGAGAGCACUGAGGCCUUUACAAAGCAGCAUCACCAGACUGGCAUCCUUGUUAUGCCAAACCUUUCAGGGCCAAAUAUUAAUUGCAGCUUGUAAAAAGCCCGCAUUCCUCUGGGUGUUUAAAGCAAUUGUUGUUGCUUUUACUAAUAGUGUUAUCCACAGCUCUGUCAUUCCUCACAAAACAUUGCUGUGGUACCAGGAUCAUCUGCUUGAUAUCCAUAGUAGCUUUUCCUGUCAUGCAAUCUUUUAUUUAGUCGGUUCACUGGCUCCCUUUGUGCUGGUGCCUUCCGCAGUCUCAACCAGUCACUCUUUGGUUGUAUAAUUCCUCACACUCAGACUGUCUUAUAAAUAUAGAAUGGUGAAAAUUCAUAGUAUAUUGAAAGAAAUGGCUAGCGUUUUAGAUGGAACCCACCAUCAGAAUGCAUCCCUUCAUGAGCUGAUCUUUUUGUUGCUGACUAACUUUUAUAAGCAAACUUUGUUCUUAGCUCAUUUCAGCAUCCACGAUUUCCUUAAACAACCUUCAUUAUCAGAGUGAAACUUUUCCAGGCAAUAAGCUUUGAAUGUUGAUAGUAGAAAUUGUUAAAUGAAUAACACACUCAGUAUUUUUUUGUUUGCAGUGUUUGACCAGCAUAUGUGGGACUUGCUGGACUAAUACAUUUUGUCAAGCCCCAUUUACUUUACAAUCUGACCAAGUUCUUAUUGGGUUGGGAUCUUCUGAAGUCAAGGAGAUGUGCAUGGUUUUAAGAGUUCAGGAAGUAUCACUGAGUUGGUUAUCCUGGUCUAGGCAGUUCUGUCUUUGCUUGACCCUAGUGUGCUGUGUACCAUCUGACUCGCCCAUGAUGGAUGGACAAUGCAUGACUUGCCUUUACUAGUGUUUAGAUAAAACAUCACAACCAAAGUGCUUGCUGCUCCUCCAUUUACAAGAUGCCUCAGCAGGACCCACCUGCACCUGUCAGGAGGCAGGUCCCAGGCGGAUUAGAAUAGUUCUGGCUUCUGUCGUCAGUCUGCACUGUGUCUACAGAUGACAGCAGGCUUGCCUUGAUAGUCCCUGUGCCCAGAUCCGGCAUCUUUUCCCCAUCCAGCGAUAACUGUUAGGAAAUCCACCUGUGGACAUAAAACAGGAGUGCCUCCCACCGGUGUUUUAUGAUGGUCAAGUAGUCUGCUGGCAUUGGCUCUUGGCUGACCACAAGUUUGAUCAGCACAAUGUUAUUAGUAACAUUUAUUGAUAGAAAUGUUUUAGCAACUAACUGGAAAAUGGAGGUCUGUAAACGUGCCUUACCAAAUGCACACAGAUUGGCUAAUUGGGAUUCACCCCGGCACACAUCCACACGUGUUAAAUGUACAGUGUAAAGAAUUUACACAUUUUGUGAAGGUCUACAGCAUUGUUAUAUUUCUGUACUUAGGGUGUUAAGAAGUAGAUUUUCACUGGUGUUUUUCAAUAAACUGGAUUGAAAGUGUUAUUUUUAAAAUGUCUGAGAAAUGUUAAAGCGAAACAGACCUGUGUUUCUCUGUACCUGAGCCUCGUCUGUGGCAGCCCCCUGCUUGUUUUCUGUACCCUGUCAUAUUCCCUUGUUGUUACAAUGAGAACUUAUGACUUUACUGAAGGUCCCUGUACCAGUUUUCAUUGCAGCACAGUUCUUGCUCUCGGUGAAUGCACUUGGCUGUGAUGUACUCUCCUGGAUGGAAAAGCCAUUUUAGCCUUUCAGGAUGUCACUGAGAAGCAAGUCAUUGUUGGAUAGUCUCCCAACACUUGCUGACUUAUGUUGUCACCUAAAGAAUGACAUGUCAGAUUGUAAUAAAGGCCCAAAAUGAAGGAUAGAAGCAGGAGGAGGGUAUUUCACAUUCAGUUCGAUCAGGGCUGGUCUGUUCUCACUCCCAUAUACCCACCUUCCGUCGCAUAGUAACACCCUCGGAUCAAAUUUAACAUUGCGAAUUGAUUGCCAGCUGAACAACUUCUUUGGGAGAGUGCUCUGCAUUUCUGCGUCCUUGCUCGGGAAGAAGUGUUUCCUGACUUCAACAUUAAUUGGAAAGGCUCUAAUUUUCGUGCUGUUGUUCCUUGUUCUGAACUCCCCACAAAUGAUUGUGGCUGAGCUCAAGUUGACCCUGACGUCCCACUAUGUAAUAACACUGUCAUUUCUCAAGGUACCACCUGGAAAUGUUUCCUCUCAACCAAGUCCCUUGUUAGAACAUAGAACAGUACAGCACAGGAACAGGGCCUUCAGCCCUCAAUGUUGCACCGAACUGAUUAAAUUAGUAAUCAAAUGCCCAACUAACCUAAUCACUUCUGCCUUCAUAACCAAAGACCUCAUUAACUAACUCUACACGGUAGACUUCAAAGGAUACACAAAGAAUGUAGCAAGUUCAGGAACUCUAGCAAAUGAAGGAAAUUAUUUUAACUCCCCAAGUGUCUUGACGUUCUGUAGCUGGUCCUUUUGGAUCUCCUUUCAUUACACCCUGGACUAGCUUGCAUGCUCCCAGCUGUAACACUGCACCUGAUGGAACUCCCAGCUACGAUAGGCAACAGCACUCACAUACUGAAGCCUCUUGGCUCGUAUAAGUGAUGUUGCAGGGAUGGCGAGAUUAAGGAUUCCAAUCAUGCAGCAUUCUAUUCAUAAAAUGUGCCCCCACCCCGAGGUUUGAAAUUAAUUUCCAGUGUACUGUUGACAAUGAGCCCCAACUUUUAUCCUUGUAUAAUCGUGUUUAAUAUAUUUCCUUUUUUAAAACCCAGACACGCAGUAUAUUGAUCAGAGGUGCAGGAAAAUUAAAUUAGCUAUUUUUUUUAAGUGAAUAGUGCCUCUUUUAUUCUGGGCAAACUAAAAAUCUAGGCAAGCAAUAUUUGUUUUAAAGAAUGCACUUGAAACUCUGAAAUAAUUGGGUUAUUGAACAGGGUUAUAUGAGUGCAAAUUUUAUUCCUUGCCUUCCCCUCUGAAGCCUUAUAGCCAUAAGGUGGCAUUUAAAGUGCUGCUGGAGUUGGAAGUGGACCUUCCUGUUGCCAGUUAUGGGUUUCCUAUCUCAUGCACGUUGGCUCAUGUCACGUAAGAGGGAAGUAACAAGAGUGUGGAGACCUGAUUUUAGGUUAAGUUAGUUUAUUAUAUGUCGGCUUUUCGUGGUUGGGAACAUGAACUGAAGGCAAAUGCUCUGAUAACUGUGCAAUUUACCUGAUAAUUUGAAUUCAUCCUGCUUAACAGAUUGUUUGUAAAUGUUUGAAUAACCAGCCAGUUCGAAAGAGGCGACUUUCAACCAAGGGGAGGAAAGUUUGUGGCUCCCAUCACAAGCCCGUUCUCUGAUGAAUGAUCCUUCUCUCAACUUGCCACUCUUAAUCUGUGACCUCAAACGAACACAUAUCGCCUCUUCUUUUUCUGGUUGCACUGUACUAGCUUGUGGUCAUUUCUUAGGUAUUGAUCAAAGACUGAGUGAUUGGAACCUCUCAACCUUUCCCACUAACACCAAGCUUUGCCUCAACCAAUGUCUGUUAGUAGAAGUACCCCUUCUCCCCACCAACACAAACACAUGCACCCCCCAAGUGUCUGUAGAGAGCGUUGAUGUACAUUGGUCAGCAAUGAGAUUUAAGCUGAUUAAAUAAUUUCAUAAAUUAAUAAAGGGAGUUUAUUUCUUAUAAUGGAGUUUAUCCAGAAAGGGAAAGAAUAAUUUUUAAAAAUUAAAGCUACUCUAUUGAUGGAUGAAUUCAGGAAACGUACAAGUUCUGGCCCUUCCCCCCAAUUAGCCAAACGUAAUGAAAUGUUUCAAGAUUAGAUCAGUGUUUUGGGAGCUCAAGGCACCACUCUCACCCAGGAAGCUGGUCUACUGUAUGUCCUGCGACUCAGAAAGAGUUGUCCCAAUCUCCCUGGCUCUUUCUCUCCCCAACCUAAAAAUCUAUGGGUGUCAUAUUUACUAUUGAAUCUGCUUCCAAUGGCAGUGGGCACUGAAAACAAUUAUUGUUCUUCUUGUCUCAGAUUCUUUAUCCAGUUAUCUUAAAUCGCUGAGCUCUGAUUACUAGCCCUCCUGAAUCUCCCUUGUAAUUAUGAACACUUCUAUUAAACCUCCCCUUAGCUUACAUACUCUGUUAGAAAGAUGAUCAUGUGUUCUUCACCUCAUUCUGGGUGCAUCACUUGUAAAUCUCCUCUCCGUUGUCUUAAGAGUCCUUGCUAGUAUGGUGCCCAAUGUUGUCUGAGCACCAAUCCCUGACGUACAAAGGCUUGCUUGGGAACUCCGUGUCUCUGUAGAGCUAUCAUGUUGGCAUGCUUAAAAUAUCACUCGUGAUUCAUUUUUGUUAUACGGGGACAGAAACCUGGAAGAAUUGUACUGUCACUCAGAGGUUAUUGUGAAAUGCAAGUCCAGACUCUCAGCUUGUAGAUAAAUUUGGGAGGGAAGAAAAGAAUAUUAAAAUGGGGGACAGUUCGAAGGUCCAUUUCUAAAAUUCAGUGAGACUUCAUUAUGCUGUGGUCAGUUGCUGAGGCUUAGCCUAUGUAUUGGGUCCUUUUCAUUAAAGCACUGAGGUGGAAAGACAUUAAUAUUUUGACUUUCCAGUUUAAAAACUCAAAACUUUCGAAGAGAUGAAUUGUCACAGCAGGUUCUGAUCAUUUGGACUGGAGAUCCAAGCAGUUCUUUUUCCCGUGUGCAUAUUAUAUAAAAUGUUCAAUUUAGAUGUGUAUGUUUGUGGAUGAAGAAAAGUUUGUAAAUUUUACUGUUUUUACUCAGAUUUAAUGUUGCAGCCACUUUGUUCUGUAAACUUUGUUUUACUAUGUUUGACAGUGAUGUUGUCAAUUAAAGAAAGCUGUU